AGAAGCAGUACCUUCAAAAUUUGCGGAGUAGCAGGCAGAAUCCAAACACGCCUCAAGCUGCGGAGGAAGUGACGGAAGAGGAGGGAGGCAUCGCGUAGAGGCCGUAGCGUAGCCCAUGAGCUAGAAUGGUUUCAUUGUUAUGGUGGAGAUUGCUAAUUUAACGCUUCGUUCUACAUUGAUAACCUGGAAAAUUCUGCAGUACAAGUAUGAUAAAAAGAAUGAUAUAACAUAUUAUUAUUGGAGCAAAAAUAAGCGAGAGACUCAUCCUGUAAAAAGUUGGAGUGUUAAAAAUUCUCCCUCAAUUUUCCAAGUGAUGGAUCGCUGGAUUGGGUGCUUUAGAAUUUGUCUUAAUCCAAGCAAAUCUGUUUCUUGCAUCAAAAUUACUGCUUCGCUUAUGAUCUCUCCAUCUUCCAGAACUCUGCUGAUUCCUUCCAUUAAUGCUAUCUUCUUUUGUGGGGAUAAGGUCCAAGGAACUGGAAAUUCUGUGAUUGAGAGGUUAUCAGAUUCAAGGAAUAUAUCUGAGUCGAUUGUAUCAAAAUUAGGGUCUUCAACUAAUGUUUGGGUGAUAGAGGCAUCUACGUAUAAUGGAUCUUUUGCCCUUUACAAGGAAUUUAUUCCAUCAUUGACUUCUCGAGGUGAACCAAAACAAUAUGAUCCUAGUGGAUUCCUUGCUUCAUCUGCAAUUGUUUCAAUCUUAUCCAGGUGUUUGGAACAGCAGGUGACCACAUCCUCAAGCAACCUGAUAGAACAGACAAGAGAAAAUCCACAUGCUACUACAUUGUUGUCAGCUCCUUUUCCUAAAACAAUCAUUCUGGGUUUCAGCAAAGGUGGCACUGUAGUAAACCAGCUUGUAACUGAAUAUGCCGAGUUGAUAUCUUCACCCCAGUCAUUUGAUAGAAAGCAAGUCCACAUGUAUCCAAUCUCCAAGGAGGAUCUCUUGCUGAGCAUCUCUGAGUUCCAUUAUGUUGAUGUUGGAUUAAAUUGUGCUGGUGCCUAUUUGACCGAUCAUUCUGUUAUUAAGGAGAUUGCUCAAUGUUUGUUGCUUAAUAAUGCUAGUCUUCGGUUUGUUCUUCAUGGGACUCCUCGACAAUGGUCUGACCAUCAUCGUCCAUGGAUUAAUAGAGAAAAAGAUACCCUCCUGCAAAUGCUCAAAGAUGAAACUCAUAGAUGUGAAGGAAAAUUGCAGGUUGAGGAGAGAUUCUAUUUUAUCAAUAUGAAGCCCAGUUUGCAGAUGCAUUUUGAAAUAAUUCAAGUUAUGGAUAUUACAUAAUUUUCUGCAGUUGUGGAAUUGCGCAAUUUAUAUUUAGCUUUCUGUGCUAUUAAUGCCCUGCUAUUUACAUCAGAGAAUCUGGUGUGCUACCUACAGACGUGGGAGAUGAACUGAGACCCGUUGGCACACACAUUUCUGUUAUACUGCAUGAGAGUAGUGUAGUUGGCUACGGAUUUUCUCGAGUGCUUGUCGUAGCAUGAAACAAGACAGAAGGAAUCUUGCUUAAGUCCUGUUGAUCACACAGGGAUGCGCCCGAGAAGCUAAAAAGCUUGGAUCAUUCCAGAAACAAUGAUAAGAAUUGAUCGGUGAGAAACUACCACUACCAUAUUAGAUUCUUUGGUUUCAGAGGUAGGAGCUGUGGUUAAAGAAGCUGUGGUCAGAGAAAGGAGUUGGAAAAUUGAGUUUUUGUAAUCAAUAAAUUGAAUGUGGACAUGGAUGAUUAUUUUGUAAGAAGAUGGUUGUAAAAUAAUUUGUCAAGUGAAUAAAAAUUGUCUAAUAUUGUUCGGGCAA